AUGGCAGGAUUGCAAAACACGCCGCUGAAGAUUCUUGAACUGAAACCUGAAUCAUCCGAGGUGGAAAUCCUGACCGAGAACCUGCAACAAAUUUGCACCCGCAUCGAUGACUCUGGUGCAAGCCUUGUGUCCGUCAUUGCGGUGAUGGGCACGUACAGGACGGGGAAGAGUUUUCUUCUGGAUCUCUUGGCGCGAUACCUGAAGGUCAAAGCAGCUGAGACGGCCAAGGCGGAAGAGUUGGAGCUUGCUCGGCAGGAGGCCCUUCGUGCUGGGCUGCCAGCUUGGGCACCUGGUUUGGGGUGA